GUUGCAUUGUGGGGUAAAAAUAAAGCACACAGGACAGCGAAGAGCACAAAGGAAUAAAAACGGCUCCGCUGCAAACUUUUAACGGGAGUUAAAUGUGAUCUGAAUUAAUGUUAACGUUCAUUUAAGUGCGACGAGAGGCGGCCGGAAGGCUGGCGGAUGCCUGGGAAGAUCAGGGAAUGUGAGUGAGCCGAGCGGAGCGGCAGGGCGACCCGCUGUCUCUGGUUAUUGUCGGUCGCGAGGCCCAGCUGUUACCACAGGCCCAGCAGCGGAAGACCACGUUUUCGUUACACAGAGAGAGCGACUCCAACAUGGGGGUCAAAACCUUCACCCACAGCUCCACCUCCCACAGCCAGGAGAUGCUCGAGAAGCUCAAUGCGUUGCGCAAUGAGGGUCACUUAUGUGAUGUUACCAUCCGGGUCCAAGACAAGCUCUUCCUCGCGCACAAAGUGGUCUUGGCUUGCUGCAGUGAAUUUUUCCGCUCCAAACUGGUGGGCCGACCGGAGGACGAGGAUAAGUUUGUGUUGGACCUUCAUCAUGUGACAGUUAGUGGUUUUGCUCCUCUGCUGGAAUACGCCUACACCUCUACUCUCUCCAUCAGCACAGAGAAUAUCAUCGACGUCCUGGCGGCUGCAAGUUACAUGCAGAUGUUUGCGGUGGCCAGUACAUGUUCAGAGUUCAUGAAGUCGAGUAUUCUUUGGAGCCCAACUAACAACAACAACAUAGCGGUGGAUAAACCACACGAAUCGGCUCCGGAGAGCGCCUCAUCAAACUGUGCCCUGACGCCGCUGGACGGCAGCGUGUCACCCGUGUCGUCUGACUGUAGCGUGAUGGAGAGAAACGUUCCCAUAUGCCGCGAAUCACGGCGGAAACGAAAGAGCUUUGUAACCAUGGCGUCGCCUGAGAGUCCACUCAAAUGCACUACACAGAUGGUCACCACCUCCCCCCAGAUCCCCAACCCAUCCCCGUCCUUCUCAGACGGCACAGCCCAGCCUGUGGAGUCCUCCCUGGCCUUUCCGUGGACUUUCCCAUUCGGCAUUGACCGAAGGUUCCACUCAGACAAAUCCAAGCUCCCAGAGAGCCCUCGCUGCUUGGAGCAGGGCGCUCCAGGGACCUCGGAGGGAGUGGUGGCUCGUCGGCUUAGUGACUUCCUCACAUGUGAGAGCUCCAAGGCCGUGUCAUCACCGGCAGCAGCAGAGGAGGAGGAUGUAAGAGUGAAGGUGGAACGUCUUAGCGACGAGGAGGUCCAAGAGGCAUCAUCACAGCCGGUCAGCGCCUCUCAGAGCUCACUGAGUGACCAGCAGACGGUGCCAGGGAGCGAACAGGUCCAAGAGGAGCUCCUCAUUAGUCCGCAGUCGUCCUCUAUAGGAUCAUUGGAUGAGGGUGUGUCGGAGGGUUUGCCGUCAAUGCAGAGCACGUCUAACGCCGGAGGACAUGCGGAUGAUGACGAGAGGCUCGAAGGUAUUCAGUAUCCAUACCACCUUUAUAUAAGCCCGUCAGCCCGGCCUGGCACCAACGGCCCGGACCGGCCCUUUCAGUGUCCAACCUGCGGAGUCAGAUUCACUCGCAUUCAAAACCUCAAACAGCACAUGCUCAUACACUCUGGCAUUAAACCUUUCCAGUGUGACCGCUGUGGGAAAAAGUUCACACGGGCCUACUCCCUAAAGAUGCAUCGGCUGAAGCACGAAGGUAAACGCUGUUUCCGGUGCCAGAUUUGUAGCGCCACAUUCACGUCCUUCGGUGAAUAUAAGCACCACAUGAGGGUCUCCCGACACAUAAUCCGCAAGCCGCGGAUUUAUGAGUGCAAAACAUGCGGCGCCAUGUUCACCAACUCUGGCAAUUUAAUUGUACACCUGAGGAGUCUGAACCAUGAGGCAUCCGAACUAGCAAACUACUUCCAGAGCAGUGAUUUCCUCGUGCCCGACUACCUGAGCCAGGUGCAGGAGGAGGAGGAGGCGCUGGGAGUCCAGUAUGAGCUGGAGGAGUCACAACAUCACCCGGUCUACCCUGGCACCACCUCCACCACCACUGCCGCCUCAUCCUCCUCCUCAGUCCAGAUGCCCGUCAUCUCCCAGGUCUCCUCCUCCACCCAGAACUGUGAGAGCUCCUCUGGCUUCCUUUCGCCUGAACCCCUGGAUCACCUGGAAGCCCCAGCCUCCCCCAAGAUGGAUGCCGACGAGACAGCAGUCAUGACGGAGGAGACGAAGAUGGACAACAGCAUCGGAGGCAGUUCCCCGGAGGCGUUUGGAGAGCAGCAGCAUGCUAACGCCGAGGAGGCGGCUUCCAUCACCAUCGAGUGAUUCCUGCUUGUCCAUCACGUCUCACGCUGCAGUCAUGUCACAUGGGAUCACGACGCACGUGUGCAGCGGUUGACGUUUUCUGAAGCUUCAUGACGUCUUUUUCUACACACAAAACAGAAGCACUUACUCGAGUCCAUGUUGUCCUCCAGAUGUCAUCGGGUCGGCCACUCGCAGCCUUGUUACCUGGAAACAGUGUUCUAAAAUAGGAAGGUGGUUUUUCCCAUGUGACGUGAAUGCAGCGCUAGCUAAAGUCGUCUAUAUCUUAGCCAACAUGGGGUCUGUUAAUUCCAAGCCUUGCUCUACUUUUGGAAAGUGCCUGAGUUCACACUUAAAGUUCAUAUAGAGGAAGAAAAGGACUUUGUCCAGAACGAGUGGAGUCUUAAACAAACUAGUAUUUUUCUGUGGAGGAGACGCUGCUUCGUGGCAGAGACUGUUUCCUUCGGUGUCGUUGCUACUAGCAAACUGUUAAAUGUGGAUAUUAUCUGGACUGCAGCAGCUUGUACUGUAGUCUGUCUGAACGCUGUGUGUGUGUGUGUGUGAGAUUCUUUAAUCAGUAUGAACACAUUUCACUUUUAAAUGUUAAAGACUUGAAAUAUAUUGACACAAUAUUCCUGGAAGGUAUUUGAGGCGUCCUGUUUUCCUCACGGUGAACGCUGAAUCAAACCUUGUUGCUCUAAAACAGUUUUUCACUUAAAGAAAAAAUAAGCGAAAUGUCAGGAAAGAAAACCGCGAGCGUCUGGUUUGUCCCAGAACUGCUGAUUCUGUAGCCGUUAAACUGAAGUUCAGCCUGCUUGACAACCUUUGAGGCCAGAUGCUGGUUUUCCUGCAGGAUUUGAUCCGGAUCUGCGCGGUACUUUUCUGACGUUUGAAGCAUUUAGCGUGACGCUUUACUUUGGUACAUAAUGUUUGUUUAGUUGUUUUAAAGCUUGUGAGACUUUUAUUUAGAUAAAAUGUGAGGAGGGAAAAGCUUCCCAAACAAGCAUCGACACUCACCGAGUGCUUCUCUAGUCACCGGCAGCGACAGGACGGGUCAGGACUGGUGUGUCUGACCUCGUCCUGACUUUCUUCUGAAGCGCUCCGUGUUGAACACCUGCUGCAAAGCUGCAGCCUGACUGGCCGGACGCGAUCAGAAGGUCACGAGGGCGGAGUUUGAGGUGAUUUCAGAAGCAGCGGGAGCGUGCUGAUGAAGCUGAUACUGAGUUGCAUCAACUUACAUGAUGUGUGUGAAGCAGGCUGUCCUGUGACGAGUUCACUUCGUUGUGCUUGUUUCAUUGAAACCUCCGACUCCUGUUACCUGUGUUGUGCCAACAUGGUUGCAGUUGUGAACAUAGACAUUGUUGUGCCUGUACUUUGAGAAGGAGAUGACACCCAUGGCGACGCUCCAUGAGUCCAAUGCUACUGACGGUGACUCUGUUACUUCCAUUUUAUUUCCAGCCCCGAUUGUAACCCAAACAGCCGGCAUCUCCGGGUGUGGCAGCAGGAUGGAGGCGCUCACGCAGGGUUGAUUGUAAAAUAAAUGUUGCUGUGAUGUGGACGCCAGUCCCCCCGACCCUGGUCCUGAUCAAUGAAAUGCAUUAAGAGCCGUCUUAAUAAGAGCUCGCGCCCCCCUGUGCCAUCCUUUCUGUCACUUUUUAAAAUCUUGUGCCAUUUGCCCUUUUUAUCUGGGUACAAAUCAAGCUUUUUCCUUCAGGACCAAAUGCUCUCUGUUGUAUUGGGGAUUUGCCAUGGCAAUCAGCAGUUGCACAUGAUUAAAGGAAGAGAUAAUCAUUCUAAGUCCACUCUAUUUAACAAAGGGGUCCUGCUGAGCUGCCCCUCUAAACACUGUAUGAUGUGCAUUUCAGAGCCUAGCCUUAGCAAGUGGACCUAUUAACUCUAGUUGCACAAAGUUGAUAUAUUUAAAAAAAAAAGCUUUUCUAUUCUAUCCAUUUGUACUUCAUGCUUCUCAUCUGUUGUGCUCGUGUCUGUAUUCUGACAACUUUUUAUAAUGAAAUGCUGCUGUUUGUUGGAAGCAAAGUGCCCAAAAUAUUUUUGUGAACCAAUGGUGUGCAAUAAAUGGACCAGUGUUGUUUUGAUUUCCUCUUUCAGGUGGUGAAUUAGUUACACAAACAUGCAUAUUUUAAAGAAAAAAAGAAAGAAUGUAUAAUUUAGUGUGAAGUAAAAAUGUGAGCGGUGGUGCACCCAGGACCCCGACGGAGGCUCGGACGUCACAUGACCGCUUCUCUUCAGCUCCGUUGUGUUUGUUUUAAAGUUGCAUGUUCAUAUUGUUCUGUGAAGUUAAAAAGAGCAUGUAUGGAGUUGGUGGUGACGUCUUGGCCUUAUUCACCCAGCGUAGCUCUGAUCUGUUGUUCAGCAUGCCCUCUUCUGUUCUGUACAUGACCCCCUUUUUUUUAGGUGCAAUGUUUUACAAUACUCUGAUUACAUAGAGGACAUGCCUUUUCAGUGUACACUUGAUGUUGUAUACAUUUUCCAGUCCAUAUGGUUUAUUUAAAACUAUAAAAAGUCUGAGAAAAAAUGGUAGCUCUACAUAAUGACAUAUAUUUUUGGUGAUUUUUUUUGUAUUGUAGUUGCUGUUUCAUGGCAUAUUUGGAUAUUCUUGUUCAAUGUGAAUAGAGGGGGGUUCGGGGAGGGUCUUGGUAGUCUUUAUUUUGUGACUGUCUGCAGUUUGUGUGUAUAUAUAAAUAAAUGUACAGUAUAUACACUAACAACAUGUUGCAUAUUCUUUAUACUGUAGGCUACUUGAUUACAAGCUGCUCUCAGGCAGAUGUUGUAUUUUGUGUCUUUAUACUGUACUCAAAGCGUAGCUUGGAGAAAUGUCCCGAUCAUUCUCGAUGGUGUUGAGUGUUUAACCUGGAUCAUAUUCCACCGGUGGCAGUAAAAACAACAUGGCCGCUCUGUAUUUAAGAGUCGAUGGUUGCUGAAUCUUUGCUAUUGUUCUGGCUUUGCAUUCCUGUUGCUCUUUAAAAACAUGUUUUUGUAUGAGUAUAAAAUGUAAAUAAAAUAACUGAAGUCAGAAUAAA